AUGUCAAAAAAAGAGGUUGUUCAUGUGAGUCUAAACCGGGCGGCACCAACGCAAAGCAGAGUGAAUGCCAACUUUCCGGAGGGUUUGAGUGUUCUUGUGGUUGAUGACAACGUUGUCUGCCUCAAAGUUGUUGCUGCUCUUCUCAACAAGUGUCGCUAUAAAGUUACGGCGACAACAAAAGCAACAGAAGCUCUUAAAAUGUUGAGGAAGAACAAAGAAAGCUAUGAUAUUGUGAUUACCGAUGUUAUAAUGCUCGACAUGAACGGUUUCGAGCUUUUGGAGAUAAUAGGCCUUGAAAUGGACAUGCCAGUAAUAAUGAUGUCUGCAAAUGAUGACAAAGAAUCGGUGUUGAAGGGGGUAAGGCAUGGAGCUCGAGACUACCUGAUAAAGCCACUUAGGUUGGCAGAAGUGAAGAAUAUUUGGCAGCAUGUGGUCCGGCAAAACCUAUUUAAUACAAUGAAAUCUGGCAUUGUGCAAGCAGGAACAGAUCAAAACCCAUCUGCUCAGAAGAAGAAGAAGAAGAGGGUUAGUUGGACUGUAGUGUUGCAUAACAAGUUUGUCGAUGCUGUUCGGCAGCUAGGAGUGGAUAAAGCAGUUGCAAAGGAAAUACUCCAAAUCAUGAAUGAACCGAUGAUCUCUCAAGAAAGUGUUGCUAACCACCUUCGGAAGUACAAAAAUGCCUUAAGGAAGGAGAACACAAAAGCUAAAAUGAGCCAAGAAAGAGAGAACAAUAUCAAUUCAAACAGAACAAAUGGGCUUCUAUCUGAUACAAUCACCACAUCUUGUAUUGAUCAAUGCCUAAACACCAUCAAUCAUCACAAUAGAUUUGCAGAACAAGACAUGAGUACUGGGAUCACCUCAUUUGGUAGCCGACUUCAAACAUUUGGUGCUUCUACAUCAAAUGCAAAACUCCUCCAACAAAACCAACUACCUCCCAAAGUAGUAGCAGAUCAAAUGCGCCCAACCGUUUUUGGAACUGUCCCUCCAUCUCAGUUUUUUGCGGCAAAUCCAUCUCCCCAUCAUGAAUUUAAUAGGAUGAGGUUUCACUCUGUUAAUUCGAGAACAAAGAUGUUUGAUGACAAUGUCAAGAUGUCUUCUUCUUAUCUUCCUAGCUUUAACACAGGACAAUCUGGUCCAAGCAGUAUGCCUGUUAGCUUUGGGCCAUAUUCAUGCCCUCCUGCAGCCUUCAACCUUGACGAUGUUCCUUUUCAAAUGCUUGGAGAUGCUUCAAAUCAAUUGAAUCCAGUUUCUCAACCUGAUUCUCUUGCCAUGCUGCUUCCAUGGCAACAUGAAGAAAGAAAUUUAGCUAAUCUCAAAGUAAAAGAAGAACCAAUUAACUUUCCAUUUGACAUGCAACAAAUCACAGAUGACUCAAUCCGAAAAGGGCAGUUUGUGCAGCAUCGAUAUCCCUUUGAGAAUAAUGCAGAAAGAGAAAUCAAGAGCCAUCACAAUAAUAGCAGCAGUUCGUCGGAUGAUGGCCUCCUUAGCAUUAUAGUAAAACAGACUUUGAUGUACAUUUUGACUGAGGGUGAUCUGAGCAUGGCUGCUGCUGUGAUGGACUCUGGUGUGAUUGGUUGUUUUGUCUCAGGAAGCUUUGCUGCUCUGUUGGAAGUAGGAAGCUGGUCUGAAGAUGUCAUUCUGUCACCAAUUGGUAGGCUUGCUGCUGUAGGAAGAUGGUCUGAUCUGUGCAGAUUGAUGGAGUACAUUGUGUUGGCUGCAAAAGUGUUAGGCUGA